AUGACGGCGGCCAAGAAUGCGCUGAAGAAGUUGAGCAAAACGCAGAGGUACGUUCGGCAAAUUGUCGCUUCCGCAGCUUCUGUUUUAUUUUCAGAACCACGUACAAUGUGCUCAGUUCGAAAAGCGGCAGCUCGAUAGAAGUCUCCGACGCGGAUCACAGCGAACACAGCUACAGAGCCGUAAGAGCCAAUGAGAGGGGGGAAAAAUUGAAAAGGAAAACUUGCAGAAAGUGACGAGAACGAAGACGGUGAAAACGGAGAUUGACAGAGACGCGGAAGUGAGUGUCACGUGCACAAAAUCUGAUGGAACCGAGGGCGGAAAGUACAAUUCGAAGGGGGUGCAAGUGGACAAUGCGCCGCCGAAAAAGAUGCCGAGUGGAAUGUGA